AUGCAUAAACAUAAAUAGACUAAAUAGUGCUCAUAAUGUGGUUGUUUGGAUCCGUAAUUCAAUUUAGGAAGUUAAAAUUUAAAUAUUUAUUCUAGAAUGUGGACACUACUUUUGUCAAAAUUGCUUAUUAGCUUUUAAGAGAGAAGUAGUAAGUUCUAAAAAAUCCUAAUUCUCUCUCAAAUGUCCUUUGGAAACAUGCAAAUAAGAAGUGGAUUUGAAGAAGCUGUUGAAUUAUUUGAGUUUGCCUAACGCAUGCAAGAAGUGUAACAAAGAAUAAUAAUACACCUGCAGCUAAUGCGUUGUAAAAGAAAUUGAAGAAAUUGCAAAAAUCAAUUAUUAUUCAAAAUUAUUAAAAUUAGAUCAAUUGAUAGAGUUGGACUCUUAGAAAGAACUUUGUGAAGACUUAUAGAAAUAUGGAUUAAUAUGUCAAGGUUGUAAGGAGUUCAAUUAAAUACCAGUGAUUGUGUGUUUAUAAGGACAUGAAAUUUGCAAAGAUUGCUACUAUAACAUCAGAAGCGUUGAAGCUUUCAGGUAAGUGUGUCCUCUUUGUGGACUAUAAUUGUUAUCAACACCACCAAAUAGUCUCAGAGCAUAAACACUAAUCUAGAAUUUAGUUAUUAAAUGUCCUAGUGAGAAUUGCAAAUAGUAAAUCAAGUUUACUGAAUUUGUUUAGAAUCAUUAUAGGAAAUGUAAAUUUCUUUGUAGUUUAAGGUUGUGAAUAAAAAUAGGAAUGUCCAGAUUGUCAUGAACAAGUGGAGCAAUUGUUCCAGGAGAUACAUCAAUCUAAUUAUUGCAUGGGAAGUGCAUGUCCAUUGAAUUGCAAUCGAAAACUUGGAGUAACUUACCUCAAUAGUUUAGGAUCAUCAAAAUAACUUCAUCAUAGAACACCUACUAAACACAAUGAGAUCCAGCGGAGUGUCACACUCAUUUUUACAUAGAAUUUAAGUUGUUGAAAAAUUCCUAUUUCAUGGAUUCUUUGGAAUAUGUCCAGAUUGUGAAGCUUCCUUUGCUUGGUAGGUUGAUAUCGGAGGAGUAUAAUCGACAUUUUGCUUUUAAUGCUUUAGAUUCACAGGAUGA